CAAGCUUUGUUUUUCCCGUCAAAUGUCAAUGUCAUUACAUUUAUAAAGUAAAAAUUACAAAACUGAAGUUUUCGUUUAAAUUAAUUUACUCAAUAAUUGUUAUUUUAGCUAAUUUUGAAUACCUGUUUUCAAAAUGGCGCGUAGAUAUGAUACUAGAACAACUAUAUUUUCUCCUGAAGGAAGAUUAUACCAAGUUGAAUAUGCUAUGGAAGCGAUAUCUCAUGCCGGUACCUGUUUAGGUAUUCUAGCAAACGAUGGGAUAUUACUAGCCGCAGAAAGACGUAACACCAAUAAACUAUUAGAUGAAGUUUUUAUAUCAGAAAAAAUUUACAAACUCAAUGAUGAUAUGGUAUGUAGUGUUGCUGGAAUAACUUCAGACGCGAACGUUCUCACUAACGAAUUACGUUUAAUCGGUCAAAGAUACUUGUAUCAAUAUGGGGAAUCAAUUCCUUGCGAACAAUUAGUAUCGUGGCUUUGUGAUGUUAAACAAGCUUAUACACAAUAUGGAGGAAAACGCCCAUUUGGGGUAUCUAUUUUGUAUAUGGGUUGGGAUAAACAUUACGGUUAUCAACUGUAUCAAUCUGAUCCCAGUGGUAAUUAUUCGGGUUGGAAAGCAACUUGCAUAGGGAAUAAUAGUUCCGCUGCUGUAUCCAGUUUGAAACAGGAAUAUAAGGAAGGUCAAGUGACUUUAGCCGAUGCGAAAACUUUAGCUAUCAAAGUUUUAGCGAAAACCUUAGAUAUGGCUAAACUUACUUCUGAAAAAGUUGAAAUGGCGACGUUAACUCGUAAAAACGAUAAAACCAUGAUAAAUAUACUGAAUAGUAAAGAAGUAGAAGAACUUAUUUCGGAAUACGAGAAAUCCGAAGCAGCAGCCGAAGCUUUGAAAAAAGAACAACAAAAAACAACCACAGCUUGAAUUUUUUCGUUUCAUAUUUUAAGAUUAAAUGUAUUUUUUUUUAAAUAAAAAUUCGAAGGAAAGGGAGAAAAAAAUACAACAAA